UGUUGACAUUAUUUGCGUUUCUGAAACAUGGUUAGAUAAUGAGAUCAGUAGUUCAUUUUUUUUCUAUAAAAGGUUAUGUUUUAUAUCGCCAUGAUAGAAAGAACAGAAAAGGAGGUGGAGUUGCAAUUUAUUGCAAAUCUUAUUUAAGUAGUCAGUUAAUAAGUACUUCGGAUGAAUCAGAUAUUGAAUUUAUUUGUGUGUCUAUUGGCUGUCACAGUAAUAAAAUUUUAGUUUCCUGUGUCUACAAUCCACAUAACCGAUUCUCAUGCGAUCCAUUAUUCGACUCGCUUCUCUCAGUUGUACAUAAAUAUGAUUUUAUCGCAGUACUUGGUGAUUUUAAUUAUGACUUUUUAGUAAAUUGUAGUAAAGUCUUGAAACUAAAAGACUUAUUAGCCAUGAUGGGCCUAAGUGUCAUUAACGAAACUGAACCAACUAGAUACUGUAACAGUGUGCGACCUAGUCUUUUAGAUAUAUUUGCUGUAUCGGAUCCUAAUAAAGUCUUACUAUUUGAUCAAAUCUCUUUUAUAUCUGAUCAUGAUUUAUUGUUUGCUACAUUGGAUUUUAACCCAAACAGGAAAUCUAGUCCUAGCUCUUUUUCUUACAGAGAUUUUAAAUCAGUUGAUACAAUCAGAUUAUUUGAUGAACUCAAUACUGUUGAUUGGAGUGAUUGCUG